AUGACUAACAGUGAGUUGUUUCUAUGUGCAGAUGAGCUGGAGAUGCUGUCAGAGGCCAGAGCUCGUUUGGCCAACACACAGGGCAAAAAAGCCAAGAGGAAAGCCAGAGAGAAACAGCUGGAGGAAGCCAGGCGAUUGGCUGCUCUGCAGAAACGCAGGGAGCUGCGUGCAGCGGGAAUCAAUGUGCAGAAGAAGAGGAAGCAUAAGAGAGGCGUGAACUACAACGCUGAAAUCCCCUUUGAAAAAAAGCCUGCAGCGGGUUUCUAUGACACCAGCAUGGAGCAGUACGACGCUCUGGAGCCAAACUUCAAACGGCUCAGGCAGCAGCACCUGGACGGAGAACUGCGCAGCGAACGCGAAGAGAAAGAAAGGAAGAAGGAUAAGCAAAAGAUAAAGAAGAAGAAGGAGAGCGAUCUGCCCUCUGCCAUCCUGCAGACCAGCGGCGUGGCAGAGUUCACCAAGAAACGCUCCAAACUGGUCCUGCCUGCACCACAGGUCACCGCCGUCGUCUUUUACCACUUUCAGGGAUCUUACAGGAAAUUGAAAAAUCCAGUCAUCCCAGCUGCUCCUUCUUCUUCUUCGGCACCUAAACUUCUCUUCCUGUUCUAUGCUUCCUUAAUGAAAUGCUAUCAACCUGAUCUGUUUGUUCCCCUUUUCUGGGACAGAACUCCUGGACCCGGUCAGGCCUCUGAUGGGAUGACGCCUCUGGCCGGAGGGCUGACGCCUCGUGGUACUCCAGGGUUGACCCCUGGACGCACGCCUCUGAGGGACAAACUGAACAUUAACGCAGAAGACCAGCUGGCGGACCCGGCGUUUGCCAAACACGUGGUAAAAACAUUCACCUUUAAAAGCCUUCAGCUGUUUCACCUUGCAUGGAGACAUACACUUAGUACUUAUUUCAAUGUUAGAAAAACUUUGAUCAAGGGAUAAAAAACCCAGAACACU